ACAGUGUCAGUGGGUAUGCAGAAGAAGGCGUCUGUAGAAAAUUUGUGAAGUCGUGCGUUCUGGAGAGAGACAACCUGUUGCUUUGCUGGAAGCAGAGGGACAUUUCCAGCUGCGACCUCAGAGUACUUCUACUCCACGCAUCAUCAGGCAGGAGAAUUACACACCCACUUGACACUAGCACCCACAUCUCUCGGAUCAUGACCAUCCCCGCGUGAAGACCCCCGUUACACAACUCAGGAGCGGCUCGGACAGCACUGGCUGCCUGUAUUGCGUAAUUUUACGGUAGUUAGCGGAUCUUAUUGACGGAAAUAUAAAGUUUUGGAAGUUUCAGAGGAGUGGAGUGCGCAGGAGUAACAUUUGGGGGUGCUGUAAUUUUGGAGACGAUGGCUAACUCCGGUAUUCAGCUGCUAGGAUUCUUCCUGUCGUUAAUUGGGAUCGUUGGCCUGAUCAUCGGGACCAUUUUACCGCAGUGGAAGAUGUCAGCCUACAUAGGGGACAACAUCAUCACAGCAGUGGCCAUGUACCAAGGACUGUGGAUGUCCUGCGCCUUCCAGAGCACCGGGCAGCUGCAGUGUAAGAUCUACGACUCCAUCCUCCAGCUGGACAGUAAGUAUUUCACUGUGAGUGGACAUGAGCUGUCAAUCAUCCAUGUUGACCUUUUUUAGACUAAAACUUAACAUUUAGCUCUCCACAUGCUCCCUCACCUGUGUGAGACCUCAAAGCACCACAUUGUAAGGGUUCUACCUCAGGGUAUGGGAUGCCAAUGAGGCCAUAAUUACACAGAGGCGCUACUGUAAUUACUGUAAUCAGUAACCUGUCCUUACAGAUGGACAAUGUCUUCUCCAUCAGGGUGUCAUCAGGGAGGAGGUGACAGGUGUAAUGAGGUUUGAUCAAUCAUACUACUGAAGCCUUUCUUGGAAACAUCACUUACAUUGUUACACAUUCUGGGAAACCCUCCCACCCCACCUAGCAUUUCUUCACACCUCAACCCUCAUACACAGUACCUGGUGCCAAGAAAUGGAGAAAAUUCCCGGGUGGCUAACAACCAGAAUUUAUUCAUGUAUAUUUAUUCUUUGUGAUUUUCAGGAUAACCAUCAAAUUUAAAAAAAUUAUAUAUGAUAAUUAAAGGUGCCAGAUGACAGUAAUAUCCAGGGUAAUGGGUUCAUGUAUUUAUAGGAAAGGUCACCAUGGUAUCACCAGUGCUGUAACACCACAUCUUUUUCAUUUUGCUUCACACUUUCACACAAUGCAAAGCAAACAUUUAUAUUAAUUCAUAACAAACAUGGUAGUCUAGAUUCAGCACUGGUAUUGUUAAUAUCAUCAGCUCAGCAAUAUUCACAGAUUUUAAAUUUAUAUUCUCUGUAGAUUAGAAAAAUUUUCGAGUACUCUGGAAAACUCAAUCAUUUUUUCACCACCUCUUUUAAUUUUAAUCAAAAAUAAUGAACAUUAUUUUUGCUCAGAAAUCCAAAGUAUCCGUCUGGAAAUUAUGGCCAGCUGUCUUAGAGCAAUAGCCACUUAUUAUCAGUUUCUGCUGAGUCUUAGUUUUACUGUGAAUAGUAAGCUUUACUGCUUGUAAAAGCAGGCUUCACUUUGGCUUGUUUGAUAGGAACUUGAGAAAGAAACAGAAUUUUCUAGUGAUAUAAAAAGUCUUUAUGUAGCGGAAAUAGCAGCAUUGUGAUUCAGAUUGAUGAUAAGCAAAAAUGGCAGCUUUGUUAGGUCUGCAAAAAGAGGAAAAAAGCAACUUUUAAAUUGUUUAGUCAAGUAGUGAUUAGAUUGAUAUUUUACGAGGCACUCAAGGAUGAUAGAAAAUAUAAACACCAGGUCUACGUUGUAUUAUCUAAGAGAAUCUCUUUACUACGUGAAAAAAUAUUAGUAUCUAGUAUGUCACUUAUUUUGUUCAACAGGCACCUGGACAUUAACAUGAAGAAGGACCAAAAGCUGCUGCCGCUAGCUUUGCAAACAUUACCCCCACUUAGCUAACCCAUUGACAAGCUCUUUGAUUGCUGGUUUAGUCAUAUUAAAUAAACUGUGAGGUUUCACACCCCGAGAACAUACUACAAAUUUGCAGCACAAUUAAGAGAUUUCUUGUUUCUAAGAAACAUGUCUAGCUCAGGUCCUAACGCUACAGUAGCUUUAGCUUGUUAUGAGUUUUAUCAAGUUACUUACUUUACAGUACUGUGGCCAAAAUUAAUCUAACAAAAGCAUCAUGCAAAUUUAAACACAAGACUAAAUAUCAGCAAACAGGACACUACAGAGAAAUAAGAACACAUUUGAUUUUCCUCACAAAUUGUAUAUAUAUAUAUAUAUAUAAAGUGGUGUGUUAUCUAUAUAUAUAUAUAUAUAUAUAUAUAUAUAUAUAUAUAUAGAUAAAUAGAUAGAUAGAUAGAUAGAUAGAUAGAUAGAUAGAUAGAUAGAUAGAUAGAUAGAUAGAUAUUGAGUUGGCUCAAAAUCACAGAUGUGCCACAGGGAUUUUACAGUCAAAUUUGUAAAGCAGCUUCAAAUCUGCCAAAUACAGUUCUGUAGCAAUAAUGGGACCAGUAUGAAGACAGGAUACAGUACAUCCUAUCUGUCCAUUCUAUCUGUGUUAACUGCAUAAUCAACCUACUGUUUCCCAUGCUCUCCUGCUCUAUAGCGUAGCCCCACCCCUCUACUUUUUCUCCUCUUCUUUCCUGCAAACCUCUCCGUCUUUGCCUCUCUCUACCCAUCCCUCCAUCCUCUCCUCCCUGCUGGAGGGUUUUGUUUGUUUGGGCAGGGCAGGGAUGGCCUGGACUGGCACAGACUGGUUCUAGGUGGACAGAGAGGGGGGAGGAAGAGACAAAGAGCAGAGGGGCUUCCCUGUGCUAGGUUUAUAGGGUCAGGAGGGGGGACUGAUAGAUGGGACCCCUACAGUAGUGUUUCAGUGUAGCAGGCCCCUCGAGCAGCAACAGAUGGGAGGAGUGUUAGAUGUGUUCCUUUGUCUCUCUGUUUGUGUGUGCUGGUGUGUGUCCAUGUGUUUCCCAUGGUUUCUCUUCCAGGAAAAGCUCACAAGAAAAUGUCCUGACAGGCUAAUGUGAACGUGAUUCACAACCUCAGGACACACAUAUAAAGCCUCCCUGAUACAUGGACAUUGGUUUAUUAGUCUCUCCUUAUCAUUUUCCUGUAAAUGUUGGACUGAUUCCCUUGAAUACAUACCCUCUUUGUGUUUCAAAAGUGUUUUCAUGCCUAACAUGUUGUACUGCACUCCCACAUUCCAGAAAACAAAAGUCCAGAUAUGAAGCGCCUCCCAUAGCUGAGCGAGCGCACGUUUUCCUGCACACCACUCAAUCUGUACCAUUUACCCCCCCUCCAUCUACCACAGCUUCUCUUCAGGCCACACGUGCCUUAAUGAUAGUCGGCAUCAUAGUGUCCAUCGCAGGGCUGGGCGUGGCCUGCAUGGGAAUGAAGUGUACCACCUGUGCAGGUAGUGACAAACUACGCAAGUCCCGCAUCGCCAUGACAGGGGGCAUCAUCCUGCUGGUAGGAGGUAAGAAUGAAAAGGUUGAUGAAAAUCCAUUUUCCUCGAAUGCAGAGCUCCAUGUACAAGUGGGGAACAGGCUUGAUUUCUUAGGUGAAUGUGUAUUCCAGUAAAACAACAAGUCCUAGUUAUAGUAACAUGGUAUAGACUUUUUAUGUCUCAAAUAGACUAAAACUGUGAAAAACUGAGCAUUUGUUCUUCAGGCCGUCAUUAGUUUUACAAGCCACCAGAUGUCACCAUGUUUGCAGCAUCUAAAGCUUGAAAGCGCCGAAGCUUCUGAAGGCUUCAUCUGCUCAUCACUAGUACUGUUUGUGAAUCCAAGGUCUGCAUGGAAGUGGCUGGCUGCCGAAAUGUUGUUGUACCCCUUCCUCUAACAAAAAAACCCCAUCAAACUUUCAGUUAAAUGUCAAAAAUCCCAAAGAUUGGACUAGUGCACACAAACAGAGUCUUGUGUCUUGUGUUUGAAGGAGGCACCCAGAAUAUUGACGUCGAGUUACAGUUGCAGUUCAAUUAGGCAAAUAAAUAAGACUACUGUCCCAGUAUACAAGCACUAAGCACAAGCACUAAGCAAGGAGCCUUUUAUUGACUAAAGUAUGUCCACCUGCACUACGCCCACUUUUGACUUAUUACGUCACUAACCAAACUAACCAACAAGUUUGCAUAUAGGUUACUUACUGUGUGUCGAUUCAAACAAUGAAAACAUGUACAACACCAUAUCUCUAUACCUUCUGUAGCUUCUCCCUCUGUAGGCUAAUUUAAAACUCCAGUUUUAGAUUGGGCUAAUGCAUUAAACAAAUGGAUUUUUCUAAACAUCAUGUAAAUGAAGUGACUCGGGAUAGAUCGAUUCAUUGUAGUCUGGCAUUUAUGAAAUAAUUUAACAUGAAACGGAUCACCUAAGUGAUUACUUUUUACUUUAAAGGGAUGUUAAAACUGCCAAAUACUGCCAAUUAUUACCAAGUCCUUUAUAUAACAGAACUUUUAAUGUUCUCACUACUCUCUUAUUGUUAUUCAAAAGCUUAAAGGUGAACUUACAGGUGUUGCAACACCACUGACUACCCAGUCUCCUUCGAGACCUGAUAAUGAAUUCAGUCUUACAUAAUGCUCUAUUGAACCUAGCCAAGCUCACCUCCUCAUCAACAUUUGCUCAGAUCUUGUGUACAUCACACGGUAGGUAGGAGGAGGUCUGGUCCCUUGUCCAGAGAGCCUUCCUCCCACUCGCAAGCUCCAGAGGUCUUUCGUCCAGUCCUCCUGGCACCAGCGCUAACAAAAGAGGCCUAAUGGCUCUGAAGAGAGGAGAAACACUAAAAGCUAAUUACACUGGAGUCAGUUGCUAGCUGCCUGGUGCAUACAAAGAGGAUAAAAGCUUGUCUACUCUGUUAGGUUUUGAUAAUGUGCUUGUGGACUGAUUGAUCCUCGAUGUUCACUUUCUCUCCUCUCAGGACUCUGUGCCAUUGUAGCGUGUUCCUGGUUUGCUCAUAAUGUGAUCCGAGCUUUCUACAACCCCUACACUCCAGUCAACACUAAGUAAGUGACUCAAAACAUGCUAGGUUAGCAAAAGAGAAAGAAAUAACAGGUAUUUCUCUCUAUUUUCAUGUUGAAUAGUGACAACAAUAGUGAUCAACUCCACUUCUACUUGUGUGUUUUAAGAUCUCCUUGGCAGUUUUUUUUACAUGUGGUUUCUCCUCCUGUCAUAGUAUUUUUCUUUAUCUCAUUGCAUUUGAUACUGUAACUGUUCUCUUAUUUCAUCUGUCUAUUUUUCGCAUUCUUUUUUAUAUUAGUGGUUCUUUGUAAAGGCACUGUAAGGAGUUUUAAUGCUUUGUUGAUUCUGCUAGUUUUUUUCGAUCAUAAAGACUACAUUUCCCAUGAGCACCAUCACCCACUGUCUUAAAUUUGUAACUCUUCAUGUGCACAUACAGCGACUACAGAUCUUUAUCUCAGUACAACUUUACUUUUGACUGCUUUUUAAAGGAUGCAGAAUGAUGAUGUGUGCUGAUUUUUAGCUAAAUUAGAGAUGAGUCUGUAUCAUCUCUGACUCAUUGAUGCCAAUGCAGCGACUUUGUUGCCCCCCCCCCAGCCACUUAUUUUCUAUUCUACGAAGCAAGUUUGACCUAGCGAGGUAGCCUUGGAGGUACCUCGCUCAACUUAGGGCAGUAGCCAGCGGUCUCGCUAAACGGUCUUACGACGUUGGUUGUCAACCUCGUAAGUGGAUCCUGCCUUGCUAUGAGCACGUGCACGCAUGUAAGGCGGAGCCCGCCGCAUCUGACCAAUCACGAACAUGGACCAGUCUGGAGCGUCAGAGCAGGCAGGAGAGCGAAGGACCGCGUACUUUACAAAUGAGGAGCAGGAGAUGAUCAUGAGAAAGUAUGAAGAAUUCAAAUCUAUCACAAACCUCAAAAGCAACACCGUCGCUGCUGCAAAAGCACGGAGGGAAUGCUGACAGAAAAUUGCGGACAGUCUCAAUGCAUAAGUGUAGUGCGCAAAAAAUCUUUGAUGCCAUUAUAACCCUGAAAUAGCACUGUUCAACAUGCGCUUUUAACAUGCACCAGACAUGUCUAAUUCAUUUCCAAGAUGAAUUCAUUCAUUUGUUCAUUCCUAUCGUGUUAACAUUUUUUGUGUGAUAUGUCGGCCAUAUGAGCCUUUCAUAAAGGUGGUCAUCCGGAGAAGUAAGUGGGUCCGUGCAGUCCCUGAAAAAUUUCGCGCCGGAGUACUCCUCGGACAAUGUGAGCACUGAGGUCUAUAGGAUCCUCCAAGAACAGACAAGCCAUUUUUCGAGAGAGCUCAUUGGUCAGUGGGCGGGGUUUUUAUACUCGGUGAGUUCAAUCUGGAACCUAACCUGUCCCAGAGCAGGUUAGCCGUUCAGCAUACGUUGCCAUGGAGACUCGCCUCGCUAAGAAGUGAAUCCGUGCCAUAGAACAGGAAACCCCAAAUUUACCCUCGAAGUUACCUCGCUAAGCAGUAAUCCUGCUUCGUAGAAUAGGCCCCUGUUGCUAAUUCCACUCCAUUAUCAGCUACAAAUACAAAACACAAUAUAAAUAGAAAACAGUCCAAAGAAAAUACAACUCCCCCAGCUGACUAACUAACCAUUAACAGCCAAACUGUGGUGCUCUAAUGAUAGACAUUCUAGGUUAAUGGCACACAUAAAAAAUAACCACUGUUGUCACUGAUAGUCUCAUUUUAUCACCUGCUUGAUAAGGAGGCAUCAGGAUAAGAAUGAAAAAUGAGUUGAAGCCUCCUCACAGUCUCUUUAAAGGUCUAACCGUUGCUGUAAAUACAUGAAUUUGAUCCUGUGAAUAUGACUUGGUAUAUGACUUAAUGUUAGAGAGCAGAUAGUGCUGAAAUUGACUCUUUUACUCUUUUCCAGACCAGACUGAUAGCAAAGAAACUUGAUUUCAGUGAACAGGAAAAAUUAGUUUUUAUAAAUCUCAAACAUUUCCUUUUAAAUGACGUGUAAACUCAAUCUUGUCUUCCUCAGGUUUGAGUUUGGUGCGGCCAUCUUCAUCGCCUGGGGGGGCUCCCUCCUGGAUGUCCUGGGUGGUGUCAUGUUGGCUGCUUCAUGUCCAAGAAAAAAACAUGUCUCCAAGUACCCCUCCAUGGCCAGCUCCCGUUCUGGUCCACCGAGCAGCACUAAAGAAUAUGUCUGAGAGCGCCCCCUAGGAGCUGACAGAAAACUUUCCCUCCUCUUUUAAAGCACCAGUGAGGAAUCAAACUGAUUUCUGUAGGGAAAGUUACGACACAGAGAGGCAGAGAAAUGCUGAGACAGGACUCAAUUCUGUUUAUAUUUGACCUGACAGGCCUUUGAUAACCCCUUGAUUAUCACGCAGUGCUCAAUUGUUUCACGAAUGAUGUCUCUCAUCCCGUCCACACAUUCAACAAUUGUUUACAAGCGGCAUUCACAAACACAUUAUAAUUGGAUCCCAUGACUUAAUAGAGAAGCCCCAAUUCUGGAAUUGUGGCUGAUUAGAGCCAACAAUAGCACCUCUGUGUUGGAGCUAGCAUCUAUUAGUAUUUACCAUGUAAUUAAAGAUGAUUAAUUUCAGUUCAGUGGCUCCAGAGCUCCUUAUAUCAGACACACACACAGGCGAACAAUGUUUAAUCCAGACUGUUGGUGAUUUUAAAAUAGACGUCACAACAAGCAGGGUGUGACUUCACACUCAGUGCCGAGUGUGUAGGGUGGCAUUUUACUAUAACACUCACUACAGCCUCCACCCUGCUCUCUUCAUACCACUGUCACAAACCCUGCUCGCAUAUGAAAUAUUUUAUUAAGUAGUCACCGUCACUCUAAUAGCAUCCAUAUCAGCUACUGUGAGAUUAUACUGCCUCUAUUUAUUUUUCACCUCUAGGAUAAGCUUUUUGCUCCUGUGUAGGUUUAUAUAAAUGGUAGUUUGCUGCUGCCCAUUUCUAACUUUCAGAGAUGUGAAGUCGUAUUUUUAAUAAUCUUCUUUGAGCACCGUGGGUUAUUUUUUAUUUUUUUUAAAUGUCAUUGUUUUAUACACUGUAGCAGGUAAUGGUGUCAUAAGGAAUGAACUGAAGGUUUUUUAACAUGUUCAACAGUGCUUUAACAAUAAAGAUAUCACGACGUUGUGAAUCUUGUAGUUGUCAUGGAAAAUGAGUUCAGUUAUUCCCCAGUUUCACUAGAAGUGUUUGUUUUGUUUUCGAUUGAAAAAAAAAAAAAAACUUAUUCCGGCAGGAAAAAUCAAAAGCGACGUCUGUCUGUUCCAAAGUGUGCAUGGCUUACUUACCUAGUUUUACUUACUUACCAUAGUAUACAUACACUGAUAUUUAGAGUAACAUUUUAUGUUUGUUUUUUUAUUUAGACAUAGGACAGUAGACAAAGAAGGAAACAGACUCAGAGAGCAGUAAAUGCCUGCUUUUAGGACUACAACUUAUGAAUAUGGGGCACGACUCAACUGCCAGGACUUGCACCUGCCCACAGCACCAAAACUUCCCAAUGAAUUGUUUGCAAUUCAUAAUAUCAUUGUGUUUGGUUUGGCCAUCUAACCAGCCUGACCUGGACCCCAAAGUGUAUCUGUGGGGGAAGAUGAGAAACCCAAAACCCAA